ACACGUAAGUUAUAGCAAGGGACUUUAUGUUUAUCAAUAGUUUUCAUUGUGCCAACAAGUGCGGCAAAAGGUCUCCGCUAUAAAAGAUGUGUUUUUCAUGAGCUAAGUUUAGUAGUUGAUGAGAGCUUCAUCUAGGAUAUUGUGAGUACAUCGUAAAAUACGGAAACUAAAUAAUUAAGCGAUUGUUUUCUUCAAGAAUUGAACGAUUUAGCUGCAAGCUAGGACAGUUGAUGAUCAUAGAAGAAUUAUCAAGGGAGUAAAGUAUGCAACGGAAAGUUUUAUCCUGUGCGGUAGUCCUACUGGUAUGCGGUCUGAUCAGUCUAGAGGUAUCCGGGGAUGAUGGUCGACGUCGUGGGGGUAAGAGGAACAAAAGACGACAAAAUCAAAGAGCGUCUGCAAACAACAGAUACCGAAAUUACAACAUAUAUGAUAUCACAUACGCAGACGAACCAGAUGUUGGCGCGUACACAAAUUUGGCGCAACUCAACAACAGAGCAUGCCCAACUUCAUGUAGAAAUAUAUACAGACCAGUAUGCGGUUCCGAUUUAAAAACGUACAGAAAUGGCUGCGAAUUUCGAAGAGCUAGAUGCAUCGCAAACCAACCAAGAUUUAUCUAUCUCAAAGAAAGUUGCCCAUCAUACAUCACACGGUGUGAUUUGAGACAUUAUUGUGAGCCAGGACGGACAGUGUGUGGUACUGACGGUGUAACGUACGCUUCGGUGUGCCAACUGAGCACGCUGAGGUGCGGCAAUGGGGUUACCGUCGCACACAAAGGUGCAUGCAACGCAGAGUUACAGAACGUGCAGAGAAACGGCGGCACAGGGGCGGCCCCAGUCGUCAAUGCUCAGUCUUCUGAGUCUGAAGAAGAUACGGCUGCACUUGGGAACGUUAGAGCUAUUCAGCCAGAUCUUGUAAGACCAAGAGCAACGAGACCUCCACGAGUUACGACAAUAUUUGUGGCACCAACAGUCGUCAGAGAUAGUCGACGUAGGCCAAGACCUCGACCUAACGUCCCCCAGCCAGAGCCCAAUCCCAUGCCCCAGCCAGAGCCCAAUCCCCAGCCAAGGCCUAGGCCCAUGCCUAACAUCCCACUGGCAACACAACCUCCAAUUAGACCUUUGUUGACAGUACGAUCAACGAUAGGAAGAAUCGGAAGAGUUACCAGAAGACCAAUAAUGACAGAGCGACCUGAUCUGAGACCGACAAACGCCCCAAUAGUGUACCCGCGACCUACAGCCCCGCAACCUACGGUCGUAGAUAAUGCGUGUGUAGAGACCUGCUCACUAGAAUACGACCCAGUCUGCGGCACGGAUGACGUUACAUAUCCCAGUGCAUGUGUGCUAAGAGCAGUCGCUUGUCAAAAGAACAUUGACCUAACAAUAUGGUACGGCGGUCCUUGUGUUGUCUCCACAACUCCAGAUCCAUUUUUGUAUACUACUCCACGACCUCAACCGGGACCGGAUCCGAACAGCGAAGUGAAAUGUAUUGAGGGCUGCCCGAUCGAAUACAUCCCCGUGUGUGGCGUUGAUGGUGUCACUUAUCCAUCUCCUUGCAUUAUUGAGUCAAUGGCAUGCCUCUACAAGAAUCCGUUCUUGCAAAUAGAUUACCCAGGAGAGUGCAAAACACCAGCGACGAUGGUCGGUCGACUACGUGUCAGAGACAACCCAUGUGAGGACAUGCGUUGCUCAGUUGACGAAUACAAACCGGUAUGCGGGUCGGACGGAAAGAUAUACGAUUCUAUUUGUGAACUCGAUAAGCGGGCUUGCAGUCUACUUGACAAUUCGCUGAUGGAUGUAGCGGUCAAAAAUUGUGUUCCUAAGGUUAAGCUCUACAUUGUCAACCGCAAAUACACAUUUAAAUUGGCUUAAUGGACUUGAGUUGAACAAUGUUAUUGACAUUAUGCAUUUUUUGAAAAAUAAAAAUGAAAACGAUAUCGUGUGCGGUCAGGACUUUAAUUUUUUACGGUUAUUUGUAAUAUUAUAUAACGAAGUGGUUAAUCUUUUGACAUGCCGUAAAUAAUUAAUAUAGCGAAUCUGAAGAUUUACAGUUAAUAAUGCCUUAUGAGUAUCUGCGCUUAGGGCCUACUUAUGGGGAGCAACGCUGCCUCGAUGGUAAAAUUGGUAUAUGGAUUCGUAUUGAAAUUUUAAAGGGAUUUAAUCUGGAUCUUUUUUAUUUUCAGACGAAAUUUAACACUGUGCCUUGAGGACGCUUGGUGGAGAAUCUUUAUUGUUAUUAAGUUAUGAUCCACCAAUGAACACUUUGGAUCUGCGAAAAAAUAUCGGAACAAUAAACACAGCUAUUCUAAAUCAUGCCUAGUGGGGACCCGUUCAGUAGUUUUUCUUGUAAUUUCGAACGUGAUUUUUCAAAGAUACGGGACCGGACUUAAGGAUCAUUAAUAGGGAGUUUUGGGAAUCCAGCGUAAACGAGUCACUUAAUCAAUUGACUCCGCCUACCCAAAAGUGAGCAUGCGUAACAUUCACAUAACUUUUAUAAAGCUGUAUUUGGUAUUCGAACCGAAAUUCGGACCGCGUUACCUAUGCACUAAUCGGUUCGGUAGACUUUCCGAUCCGAAUAUUCGUCUUCGGUGUAAAUGCAGAUUUACGCUAUGUACACGACUAAAAUAAAAAUGGUGGUAGUAGAGUUCGAAAAUAAUUAUUUCGCUCUUACUUGAGCUUUUUACUAUACUAUUAUUGAUUUCUUAUAAAAGUGGGCAAUACAGAAUGUGUAACAUAUAGUGACCCAUAACCGGAAGUUGUGUAACUAAUAAAAUAGCCGAUAAUAUGAGCCGAGGUCACUCUGUUAUCAUGAAUUGGGUUUUUUUUAAAUAUUUCAUCAACCAUCGUGAUUCUGCUUAUGGUAUUAGAGCUUAAUUUUAAAUAAAAUGUAUCGUCGAUGAAUUAA